AUGCGAAGAUAUCUAGUCAAUCAGCGUUGUGUUUUGCCAAGGUUACCUGUGGGGUCAUCACAUUUUGUGAUACUGAUUACGCUGUCUUGUCUCACGAGGGUCCAUAUCUAUCUAUCUAUCUAUCUAUCUAUCUAUCUAUCUAUCUAUCUAUCUAUCUAUCUUAAUCUGUUCAUAGCUAUCUCAGUCUGUUUCUAUCUAUCUAUCUAUCUAUCUAUCUAUCUAUCUAUCUAUCUAUCUAUCUAUCUAUCUAUCUCAAACUAUUCACGUUUAUCUAUCUAUCUAUCUAUUUUAAUCUCUAUCUCAGUCUGUUUCUAUCUAUCUAUCUAUCUAUCUAUCUAUCUAUCUAUCUAUCUUGUUAUUCCAACAACCCGCACCCCCACCUCCGACCAACCCUCAUUUUUUGGUUGGGUUCGGGCAGCCAGAAUAUUAAUUGCCGCUGUUGGUCGGCGAAUCGCACGAUUCAUCGAACCGUUUCUUUCCCCUUCCUCUUCCCAGGAUUCACUCACUUUCCUCCCCGCUUUUUCUUUUGUCACUCCCCACCAUUUGCACCCACUCGCCCCCGUAUCUUUUACACACUCAUCAUUUUUCCUUCCUAUCGUCGUCAUAACUUUUAUUCUUUUGUCAUCGUUUGCUCCAUUUUUUUUCCAUCCCCAUCUUGAACUCGCCCCUACUUCUUCUCCUCCUUCUAUUCCUCAAUUUGCUUCUUCUUCUCUUUCUUAUUCUUCUAACACUUCUUCUUUUUCUUCUUCACUUCUUCUAUUCGACCUCCCACUUCUUCUUCUCCUCCUCCCUCCUUUUCUUUACCUCCUCCUCCUCCUCCUCUUUUCUUCUUCUUCCUCUUCUUUUUCUAUUCCACCUCCCCCUUCUUUUGCUUCUACUCUUUCUUACAAUUUCUUCUUCUUCAUCUUUUUCUUCUUCCCGCUUUUAUCCUCUUACUAUUUCUUCUUCUUCUUCGUCCUCUCCUUCUUCUUUUCCUCAAUUUGCUUCUUCUUCUCUUUCAUUCUUCUAACACUUCUUCGCUUUUUCUUCUUCUUCUUCUUCCUCAUCUUCUUCUAUUGUUCCUGCUCCUUUUGUUUUUCUUCUCUUUCUUACUCGUCUAACUCUUCUUCUUUUUCUUCUUCACUUCUUCUUCUAUUCCACCUCCCUCUUCUUCUUCUUCUUCUUCUUCCAUUUUUCCCCCAUUUCUUCACCUCCCUCUUUUCUUCUUCCACCUCCCCCUUCUUUUGCUUCUUCUCUUCCCUACACUUCUUCUUCUUCUCUUCCUCCCCCUUUUCUUCCCCUUCUCCUCCUCUUUUCUUAUUCUUCUUUUUCUAUUCCACCUCCCGUUUCAUUUGCUUCUUCUCUUCCCUACAAUUCUUCUUCUUCUUCUUCUUCUUCUUCUUCUUCUUCUUCUUCUUCUUCUUCUUCUUCUUCUUCUUCUUCUUUCUCGCUUUUAUCCUCUUACUCUUUCUCUUCUUCUUUGUCCUCUCCUUCUUCUAUUCCUCCCCUUCCCCUACUCCGCUUUAUUUUGCUUCUUCCUGCUUGUUUUUCUUCUCUUUCUUCUCUUUCUUCUCUUUCGUCUCCUUCUUCUCCUUCUUGGUCUUCUUCUUCUUCUUCUUCUUCUUCUUCCACCUCCUUUUUUAUCACCCCCCUCCGCUUUCUCUUUCUUCUUCUUUUUCUUUUUUGAGACAUACGGCCAUAUCGUCCUUUUCCUCUCCUUCUACCUCCUUCACCUUUAAAUCUCCUCCUCCUGUUCCUCUCCUACUUUCUCUGCCUUUUCCUCUCUUUCUACCUCCUCCACCUUUAAAUCUCCUCCUCCUUUUCCUCUCCUACUUCCUCUGCCUUUUCCUCUCUUUCUACCUCCUCCACCUUUUCUUUUCCUUCUACCUCCUUCGCUUUUUCCUCUCCUUCUACCUCCGCCACCUUUAA